AUGACAAACCGCAACAGUUCCGACCACUCCAGCUUCCGCACUAGCCUCCUCAACCAGCACUCCGCCGUCUUCUUCAAGCACGACUUCAUCAUUCCCAACCGCACUCUCAUCACCACCAACAUCGUUCUCAUCCCCACUCCCACCCCCAUCCCCGUCUCUACCCUUUCCACCAGCCUCCGCCACACCGCAGUCAUCCACUGCGCCCUCCCCAUGCCCACGGAAAUCGUGCCUCCCAAACACAAAACUCCUAUCCUCCCCAUCCUCAUUCCCUGCGCUCUCGCCGCCGUCGGCAUCGUCGCCUUCGCCAUUUGGUGGACAAUGUGGCGGAGCCGCGGACAACGUCAGCGACUGCCUUCGUCUGUCGAUAUGGAACCUAAGGUUAUCGGUGGGCAGAAGGUUUUAAAGCAGGAACUUCACGAUAACGACGCCGUUUAA